AUGUCGACGCUUUUCUACGAGCCUUCCACACGAACGCGUCUGUCGUUUGAGUCCGCCAUGAGUCGGCUGGGCGGCACCGUGCUCUCAACCGAGUCCGCGGGCGAGUACUCGUCCGCAGCUAAGGGCGAGACGCUGGAAGACACCGUGCGUACCGUGGAGGGCUACGCGGAUUGCAUCGUCAUUCGACAUUUCCAGGAGGGCAGUGCCAAGAGGGCCGCCUCCGUGGCUUCCAUACCCAUCCUCAAUGCGGGUGAUGGCCCCGGGCAGCACCCGACGCAGGCCCUCUUGGACCUGUACACCAUACAGCGGGAGAUCGGACGUCUGGAGAGCAUCAAAGUGGGCAUGAUUGGCGACCUGGCCAACGGCCGUACCGUCAGGUCGUUGUGCAUGUUGCUGUCCAUGUACAACGACAUACAGAUUUACUUUGUGGCGCCGGAUGUCGUCCGGAUGAGGGAUGACGUCAAGAACUACCUCACCGCGCGGGGUGUGCGGUGGACGGAGGUAUCCGACCUGCGCGAGGUGACGGCGGAUGCGGAUGUCCUGUACCAGACCCGUAUUCAGCGGGAGCGUUUUCAGAACCCAGACGAUUACGCAGCUGCUCGCGGCAAGUACAUCAUCGACAGGGACCUGAUGCGCAUUCUGAAGCCCACUGCGGUGGUGAUGCACCCGCUGCCGCGCGUGGAUGAGAUCACCACGGACGUGGACAGCGACCCGCGGGCCGCCUACUUCCGCCAGGCGCGUAACGGCCUGUACGUCAGGAUGGCUCUUCUGAAGCUGUGCUUGGCGGAUGGUUACCAGCCGGAUAUUGCUUUGUAA